AUGGAUAAAACGGUUUUAGUAAAUACCCUUUGUGCUUUAAAGUGCGAAAAUCUUGAAGAAUACGAAAAUGAAGAAAUCUUGACGAAAAAAAUAUAUGCUUCCUAUGAGGAUUUAAAAAUCAAUGAAAAUACUGUAAUAGUUGAAUUUAGCAAUAUACCCGAUGUAAAUUUUAAUCAAAUUCCAUCAAAAGAAUGGCAAUUUCUUGCUUUAAACUUCUACAUCCUCAAAAAACUCAACGAAAAAUUGAGUUCUUCAGAUACAGAAAUUCUGAGUGUUCAACAAGCUAAAACUGUUAAAAUUUGUAUAAAAGAUUUGGUUUCUGUGGGGAUUUUAAAGAAUUUACAACCAAAUAUGCCAUUUUGUGUAAAAUCUAAGCAAAAUUGUGAUAUUAUUUUGACUUACAACAUUUUAAAAUCAUCCACGUUGAUACUGUGCGAUUUUUUGAGUAUGCCUGAAAUAAGAUUGUUAUUAUUACCGGAUUCUCUGCAAGCUAUAUUGGUUUCUAUAUAUCAAAUAUCAUAUUGCCCGCUAUUAAAACCAAAUACAACUUCAAAAUCAGGAUUUUUUAUGUCUGAAGAAAUGCACACUAAUUUCACGCGGGACAAAAUUAAAUUUAGAAUUAUUUUGACGAAUUUAUCCAAAAAUAUACAUCCUGGUAUUUUUGUGAAGGAAACCAUGAUAAUAUUUCAGGAACAUUCACCAGUUUGGUUUAAAAAAUCAGUUUCACAGACGUUAACAAACACCAUAAAAUCAAAAAAUGGCGUGGAAAAUAUUGCUCUUGCACUUUUGGAUGGUGCAAAUGAUGACUCAACUAAAAUCUGGAAAACUCUGGAAGUGAUUUCAAAAUUGUUAAUAAGUUGCUCUGGAUUUCCAGAAUUUAGGGAAAAUAUAGCAAAACAAAUAAUUUCUUUACUGGAUAAAGUUGAAGAUGACGUCGUAUUUGAAAGGAUUUUUACCCAUUACACUAAAACUUUAUACCAGUUUGAUGAGUUUCUAUGUAAAGAUAUUUUUGUUAGAAGAUUAGUCAAUCCAUUUUUAAAAUUUUGUUAUAAGGAGUAUAAAAUAAAAGACAACACUGAUAUUACUAAAGAAUUAUUACAAAAUAUUAGGAUUUUGUUUGAUGUUUUUCAUUUAAACUCAGGUGGUACCAAAAAUUUGCCUAUAGAGAUUUUACAACCCAUUUUUAACGUAAUAUUUAGACUCUAUUGUAUCACGAGAAAUAUCUUCAAAACAACCCAAAAUGAACUUAUAAAGAUUAUAUUAGAAAUCUUUAAAAGUUAUAAGAAUAAGUUUGAUAUUUUUGACUCUUUCUUAUUUGGUAUAUCUUUACCCAACAUAAGUCAAUUUAGAAGUGAUAUAACAGUAAAUAUAGAGGCAGAAACCAUCAAAAUAAACACCUCUAAACACAAAAUUACUUAUCCUGUAUCAGACAACGCAGAAUCAAUUUUGGAAAUCCUGAAAAACCAAGAAAACCUCCAGGUUGAAUUAUUUGGAUAUCUCCUAAACUGCAUAACACAAAAGGAGAAAUAUUUCCCCAAAGAAAACCUUGAGUUACUAGGGGUCGAAAAGGAGUUUAUGAACGAUUAUUUCGAGAGAAGUUUGACCGUAUAUAAGUUACUAUCAGACCUGGCAAAUGAUGAAAAAACACAGAAAAAAAUAACUGAAAAACCUGAAAAUGUAAUCAAGUAUAUUAAAAAUGUUCUGGUGAAGACUUUGGAGGUAAAAACACAUCAAACUAAGGAUUGCGAUUCUGAAUCCUUUCAGUCUGUUUUUACUGUAAUAAUGAUACUUCAAUCUCUUACUAUAAAUGAGGAUAAUUUGGGUAAAUAUAAAGAUUUGGAAGAACCUUUAGCAAAAAUAUACGAAGAGACCACAAAUAAAGAAUUACAAGAUCUUAUACAGUCAAUUCUUGAUACUUUAAAUGGGGAAAAACCGAAAUCAACUAGGCUCAAAAUUGAUGAAACUCCAAGUGAGCUUGAUAAGGCUAUAGAAGAUGUAUGUGAUCCCUUAAUACCGGUAAGAGGUCACGGGUUAAUGGCAUUAACUAAACUAAUUGAAAACAAGGAUAAGGGGGUUUUGGAGAAAAAACAAUACGUAUUAAAUAUCUUUCAGCAAAAUCUUAAAAACGUCGAUUCAUACAUCUAUUUAAGUUCAAUCGGUGGCCUAGCUGCAAUGGCGGAUAUUUUCCCCGAUACUAUUUUGAACAUAUUAUGUGAAGAAUUUACAGAUUUUUCCAAAAAAGACGAUGAAGAUGGACAAGAGGUCCGAACCAAGUUGGGAGAGGUUUUGGUACGAGUUACAAAAAAAUUAGGGGAAAUGGCGCCAAAAUAUAAAUCUCUACUUCUAAACACCUUCCUCAAUGGUACGAAGGAUGAAGACGAACUAAUCAGAGCUUCAAGUCUGUCAAAUUUAGGUGAAAUUUGCAGGGUAUUAGGCUACAAAUUGGGCUCCAUUAUCACAGAGAUCUUGGUUUGCGUGCACUGCAUCAUCACGACAGAUAAGUCUUUGGAAGCAAGACGCGCUGCGGUUACAGUUAUAAGACAGUUGUUCCUUGGCCUUGAAGACGAGAUGAUAGCCUUCCUUAAAGACGACAUCCUGCCCGUAUAUAGAACGCUCAAACAAAUCUACCAACACGACAAAGAUGAUGUCAUGCGAUUGCAGGCUCAGCUAGCGCUCGAGGAGCUCAACGAAAACAUGAAGAAUUUCGUCUUUCCCAAGCAGCAGCUGAACAUGGAGAAGAAGAUCAUUAUGCUCGAUUAA